ACCAUCAACACGUGUGACUGUUUUCGUUUCUCCGCCAGCUUCCUGAAAUCGAGAUGGCAGAUUUAGAGACAGUCAAACGUGAAUUUGAAGCAGUUCUACACCAUGUUACAGACGAUGUCCGGUCUCAUUUUCUAAGCUGGAUCAAGGAUAAAAUAAAUUCAGGUGAAUGGGGAGAUGUGACGAGGGAGAAGAGUAACGAGGAUGUCAUGUUGGAGACCAUUCAGAGUCACCUGCGGGCAGAGCUUCCGAUCAACGCCGUGUCAAGCACGGAGAGCUUCCAUUUCCCCCAGACAGGACCAAAUGCUGACUGUGAUCCCAGCACCACGGUACACGUCGACGCCUUCCUGUAUGACGAGGAUGCCGUAGACGAGCUGUGCGAGGAGGGCAAGAUGAGCAGGAACUACUGCACCGGCUGUGGCUCCAAGGAUGUCCAGCCUCUCACAUUCAUCACACACUCGGCAUCUGCCAGUCAGGUGAAGUACAUCUUUAGCUACGCCCUGCCCGACCUCAGUGGGAAGACAGUACUGGAUGUUGGGUCUCGGACUGGCGCUUUGCUGUAUGGGGCCUACCUGUACAGCAAGGCCAAGCACAUUGUGGGGGUGGAGCUUGACUCAACAUUCACCAGCCUCCAGACAGCCGCUGUCUCCAAGUAUAAGAUGGGGGACAGAAUACAGGUGAUACAUGACGACAUACAGAACAAGGGAACGCUGAUAGCUUCCAGUGAUGUGGUUAUCUUGAACAAUGUGUUUGAGUUCUUCGUGCCGAAAGAUUUACAGGAAAAAUUGUGGAGUUACCUGUUUUCAACGCUAAGGAACAAUACAAUCCUUGUGACUGUGCCCAGUUUAGAGGAGUCUCUACAACAGCUGCAGACUGGUAUUAACUUGAAACAGUGUGUGGAGUCUAUUGAUCUGACCUCAGCUCUCCAGAAGGGCAGGCACCAGCUCCUAGACAGUCCCGGCGCUGAUGACGCCGACCUCACAAGUAUCCAUUUGUACAGAGUCCUGGGAUGACGUUCUUCUAGUCAAUAAAUAAGUAAUUACAAAG